AUGUCUCAAUUAGAAUAUCCACAAUAUCCAAUAAUUCAAAACGACAAUUCUACUCUCGUUUGUACACUUUCCAAGUCUCUAAACACAGCAAAAACUUCCGGGGUUUCAACAGCAGAACUUGAAUCUUCUACUUCCAAAACAGCUUUAACACAAGAUAAUUUGUCUUUAAAUUCUGAGAAAAUGGAAAUUAUUGCAAAUAACAACAGUGAAAAGGCAACAAUAACAGAUGGAAAGUCAGAAAUAACUAUUAGUAGUAAAAAGACGUCUUUGACAUUAAGUAAUUGAGAAAGAGGAGAGAGGAGG